AUGGAUGUGCAUCGGUGUCGUUUCGUGCCGUAUCGGCCCUCCGCCAUCAACGCUGUCGCUUUCUCUCACCCCAAGACAAGAACAGCCAAGCAGAAUGCUGUAGCAAGGCUAGCCGUCGGACGCGCCAAUGGCGAUAUUGAAAUAUGGAAUCCCUCUAGCGGGACCUGGCUUCAGGAGCUCGUCAUCCGAGGCGGAAAGGAUAGGAGCGUUGAUGGAUUGGUUUGGGUCAACGAACCCGAUCAGGAUCUAGGCGACGGUCACGUAGCCAUUGGGAAGUCGCGCCUCUUCAGCAUUGGCUAUACAUCUACAGUUACUGAAUGGGAUCUCGAAAAAGGCAAACCAAAGCGACAUGCCAGCGGCCAACAUGGUGAUAUUUGGUGCAUUGCGGCACAGCCUCAGAGCGACAAGCCGCAGGUUACUGGCGGCUUCCAGGAGGCGCAGAAUUCUAAAAAACUGAUUGCCGGAACCAUUGAUGGAGAGCUAGUCAUGUACUCCCUGGAAGACGACGAUCUGAGGUUCCAGCGAGUCCUCGUCAAAUCGCCCACAAAAAAAGCUCAGAUGGUCAGCAUCACCUUCCAAUCCCGCAAAGUCGUCAUUGUAGGAUGCUCCGACAGCACCAUCAGAGCCUAUGAUAUUACAAAGGGCCAUAUGCUGCGAAGAAUGACCCUUGGCUCGGAUCUCCUCGGUGGCUCCAAGGACAUCAUUGUUUGGUCAGUUAAAUGCCUACCAAAUGGCAAUAUUGUCUCUGGCGACUCAACAGGCCAGAUCUGCAUUUGGGACGGGAAGACGUACACUCAGGCCCAAAGGAUUCAGAGUCACAAGUCGGAUGUCCUCAGUCUUGCCACAAGCGCAGACGGAACAGCCAUCAUCAGCGGAGGCAUGGACCGCAGGACAAUGCUCUACAAGCAAAACUCGGGCGCCGGUCAGCGAUGGAGCAAGGUUUGGGGUCGCCGCUACCAUGACCACGAUGUCAAAGCAAUGGCCUCUUUUGAACACGGGCGCAUCAGCGUUGUAGUUUCAGGAGGACCCGACGCAAGCUUGAUGGUUGUCCCGCUGAAAGAAAUGGGCCGAGAAAAUCACAGAAUGAUGAGCAACCUGCCUCAACAACCACCCGUCACCAGCGCACCGAGGGCACGAUUCAUCAUCAGCUGGUGGGAGAGGGAGGUUCAUGUUUGGGUUUUACGCAAGUCAGCUGCCGAUUUGCUGCAGUCCGGAGAGGAACUUGUUGAUAUCAACCAGAAUCGGAAACUACUGAAGACUAUCGUUGUUAAAGGCGAUUCAAAUAUCGCUUCCGCCACAAUUAAUCCUGAUGGCACCCUACUGUUCGUGUCUACUGCCACCGACGUUAAAGCUUUCCGGCUUCAGCAUGAAGACCCUGCCAAGCCUUCAGACGUGAAGCUGUCGAGCCUUGAGCUGCCAGUCAGGCUGUCACAGCUUGGCGCUACGCAGGUCAAGCUCUCUCCCGAUGGGCGGUGGUUGCUCGUGGUCCAAGAAGGAUCUCGGGUUCUCAUGGCCCAGAUCCAAACCGAACAUACGUCUACAGAAACUGCCGAAGCCCCCAUCAGGCUUCAACGGCUUUCGCGACUUCGUCGCCAGAUCCCAAGAUACAUCCUGAAUGGCGGUCUGGGCAGCUACGACCGGAGCAUUACGCAAAUCACAUUCAGCGCUGACUCGAAAAUGGUUGCGGUGGCUGACUUGGCUGGAUAUAUUGACACAUGGGCAUUGCGUAACCACGAUCAGGAUUUGCAGACCGGUGACGAAAUGGAGACGCUCGAUGACGCGGCAUCGGCCUCUUCUGACAAUGAUUCAUCUGAUGAAGAGGAUGAAGGGGCCUCUAAUAUGCAAGACCGGUGGGUUCGCAACCCUAACGCGAAGCUAUUACCCAAACUACCAUCAUCACCUGUCGUUCUAUCCUUCUCGGACUACGUACCCGAAUCAGAAUCAUCUCUAGGGGCCGAAAAAGAUGGAGUCGACGAUUACAUCCUAGCCGUGGUAACCUCAUCAUGGAACGUCUUAGCCUUCAAUCCUCGUCAUGGCGCUCUUACUUCAUGGUCGCGUCGGCACCCUCGAAAGGCCCUGCCCGGACCGGUUCGAGACCUCCUGGAUCUGCCAAAGGGCAUCCUAUGGCAGGGCUCUCGGAUGUGGGUGUAUGGCGUGUCAUUCUUACUCAUGCUUGAUAUGGGGCAGGACCUUCCUAGGGUCCCGGAAGCUGAGGGUGGUGACUCGCAACUCACGCAGGGAACGAAGCGCAAGAGGGUUGGUCAAACAACCGGUGCCGGAGGCAAGAUGGAGAGAGAGAACCUCGCCCCGCACCAAGUUCGAAAGCACGGUGCCGACGAGCAGUGGGAAGAUAUUGAUGUGGUUAAGGCACCCGAAGUUGGUGACAGCGACAGCGACGAGGACAUGGUGGAUGCCGAUGGCGAACUGUCCAAGCUUCGCUCAACUACAAUCAGCGGCAAGACUGCUCUCCAAAGUACAGGAUCGACCACGGUUGAAGCCAAAAAGUGGUGGAUAACAUACAAGUAUCGCCCUAUUCUCGGUGUAGUACCGAUAGAUACUCCCGGUCAGGACGUGGAAGUCGCUCUGGUUGAGAGACCUACCUGGGACGUGGAAACACCCGAGAGGUACUUUGCAGGGGAAGAAUGGGACCGUGCAAACUAA